UGUUGGUUUGGAUCCAAACAUGAAGACAAAGAUAGAAAAUCAGCAGAAUGAUCCUUCAGAGCAUUCGGACCGAGAGAGACAAUGAGGACUUUGGUGGGUUUGGUUCAGUAUCACAGACACGCUGGAUGAGGUCGACUCAGAGCAGCUUCUAAAAACCAUCCUAAAUAACGUCACCUUCUCUUGUUUAUGAGCAAUAAAACACAGUGACUCUUCCUCAGCAGCCAUGUUUAGUUUCACUGAGAAUAACAUAAAAAUAUGAGCAUAACUCUGCCUCGCAUCAGCAAAACAACCUUUAGACGAAAGAUAACAUCAGCCACAGAUUAAUGACACCAACAUGAUGAAAAUCACCAAAUAUUUCAGAUACAAACAUCUUCUAUCAGAGUACCUUUGGGGUCACGUGGUACACUCAAGUCUUAAGAAACCUACUUGAGGCCCUUUAUGAUUUCCUUAUUUUAGGCUCUCAUUGUGUCUGCAAGUAACACACACACACACACACACACACACACACACACACACACACACCAGGGUGCCUCUUUCAGUCCCCCUUUAGAUCCAGUUUUUCCCGCCCCUGAUGUACCGCAUCAGUCCCGGUGUUUUACCGCCUGUGGGUGAAUUUGCCCUCAGACUCACGUUAUCGUAACCGGUGUGACGUCAGUUCGUGAUUACAGAGAGAGUCGGUGUGGAGGCUGCAGAUCGCGGCGGAUCUUCAGAGCAGCUGCAUCUCCUCCUCCUCUUCCUCUUCCUCCUCCUCCUUCUCUCUCCACCACCGGGGCAGCCGGGCACCGACCGGGGCGACAACAUGCCCGCUGAGCAGCUCCAGCCGGGCUCGGUGUCGGUUCUUCCAGACCUGGAGGGAUUUACGCGGACGAGCGGACGGAGACUCCUGUUGGAGCCGCAGAGCAGAGAGCUGUAAGUUGGAGGCGGAAACUGGAAAACUUAAAUAUCUGGAGCAGAUUUAGUGUUUUGAUGGACGUGCUGCGGUGCAGGAGACCACCUCGGACAUCUGCUGCCGCUGCCGGCCGCCGCUGCGCACCGUGACGCGCGGGGGAGCGCGGGGGUAGCGCGGGGGGGACGGAACCCCGGCAGCGUCACCCUGAGAGUCUGGGGAGGGAAAACAAAAUCAUCUCUGCUGCUUAAAAUCUCCUGCACUCUGGAUUUGUCACUUCAUAUCCGGGAGAUGCCAUCCGUCUCCCGCCUCCGUCCUCCUGUGGGUCGGACCGGGGUGGACGUGGCGUCGUGAGGCGGCAGCAGCAGCCUGCGGAGAGAGAACACAGUUCGGACUUGUUGGCUCCCGGUGCGGCUCCCGGUGCGGCUCCCGGAUCUCCCUCAUGCAGCUCCUCCGGCUGGCCUGGGCUCUGACAGCCGCGGCGCUCUGCCUCCUCCUGCUGCUGGUCCUCCACAACCAGAUCCUGAAAGAAGGUCAGCUGGCGGCGGGAACCUGUGAGAUCGUCACUCUGGACCGAGACAGCAGCCAGCCGAGGAGAACCAUCGCCCGACAGACGGCUCGCUGCGCCUGCAAGAAGGGACAGAUCGCCGGGACGACGCGAGCCAGACCGGCCUGCGUGGACGUUGGUAUCGUCAGUAGUCGUCAGUGGUGUGCGAUGAGUCCGUGUUUGGAUGAUGAAGGUUGUGACCUCCUGGUCAGUCAGUCGGGCUGGACCUGCACGCAACCAGGAGGCCGAGUGAAGACCACCACGGUCUCCUGACAGCGGCGGCGAGGACAGACGCUCCCCAACAGACAGAACGCUUCCCGUCAUCCAUCGCCCUUCAUCGCAGCAGAGCGGAGCAUUCGCCGCCGCCGCCCGCCGCCGCCAUUAUGAGCCGGAGGGGCGAGGCGUCAGCGCUUCCUGCUUCACGCCCGGUGGUGAACUGUUGAAACCGUCGCAGCCUGAAGUUCUUCUUGCUGUGGGAGGAAAGUGACUCCGUUUAUUUUCCAGGAGAUUUGAAAAGCGGAUUAACGGCGAGCAGCUGGAGCGAUUUCCUUUUUUUUGUUUGGCACAAAACUCUGUUUCGUUUUUACAGACCAAAGAUGAACAGAGCCGACGAUGAGACGUUCUUAGACGCCACAACGCCAUUAUAUCCAUGUAAAGAAAUAAACACAUUGUGACUUUUCAAGUGACUUAACUGAGCAAAGUAAUAUUGUAAACAAGUCAACGUCUCUAUGAGGAGAGAUGAAGCUGUUUGUGUCGGACAGUCUCGCUGUCAGUCAGUCUGGUGGAAAAAAUCAUAUCAAGAUAAAACUUUGCUCACUUUUAUCAAAACACGUGAAGAUAUAUUUUAAAGAUUUGAGUCAAACAGGGCGAGAAUAACAGCUGACAUGCAGGUGAAUGUACUUUUAUAAAAACAUGAUGUAAAUGAACUUCAUACAGUUACACAAACAGAUUAAACACAAACACUAAACCAACCUCAGAUGAUACAAUUUAUCCUAAAAAUAUUUAAUAAAACUGCAUGAAAACUGACUUAAAAUUACUUUUAUUUUGUGUUGCAUUUCCUGUUUCACACACAGUCAGCUGAUGGGACGCUUGUUAUUGAACUAUAGAGCUAAAAUGAUCAGAUCAUUAGUCGUUAAGUGGAUUGACAGAAAUUAAUUAGCAACAAUUUUGAUAAUUGAUUCAUAGUUUGUCAUUUUUAACACAAAAAUGCAAAAAAAAAAAAAAAAAUCUCUUGUUGCAGCUUCUCAGAUGUGAAUAUUUGCUAGUUUUCAGUCAUCUGAAUAUGUUAACUUGGGCUUCAGGGAUUAAUGAUCAUUUUAUAAACUGAACAAUUCAUUAAUAAAGAAGAUA